AGAACGGUUUGUCGAAGACGCCAGCUUGCUGCUGCUGCGUGGCUGUUGAUCAACUGAUCAUGAAGGAAUCGGGAGAGGAAGGAAAACCUAGGAGCAAAUCGCAUCUUCCCGUUCGCUCCUGCUCUGGAAUCUGGAGCUCCGGACUAGGGGAUCAGGUUACCAGUUGCUGCCCCCAUGAAAUGGAGAUUGAAUUAAUAGUGGAAUUGAAGUUUCAGUUCAGGAUUUUGAGGUGAAUUUGUGUGAAGAAGAAGGUGAAGAAAACACUCAAUUACAAAAGAGAAGAGAAUAUCCAUUUGUCUUGCUUAUUCUUCAUUCCCUAUUUUUUGCCAUGAAGAGAAAACAGAAAAGAUUUCUGCAAAUGACACUGCUAUUCCUGGUGACUCUAAUAUUCUUGCCAAAUAUUGGACUCUGGUCUCUGUAUAGAGAAAAACAUUUUAUGAAAUCCACAGUUCUGGGAGAGCAGCAGACCUUGCCAGUGAGGUUUGGCGAUGGACAAUUGUAUACCUGGACAGAUGGUUUGAAAAGAAAGGACUGGCAUGACUAUGAACGUAUUCAAAAAGAUGCCAUGCGUUUAGGGAAAGGUGAGCAAGGGAAGCCAUAUCCUGUCACAGAAGAAGAAAGUGAUGAUUCUGCUUAUCGGGAAAACGGUUUCAAUAUUUUUGUAAGCAACAAUAUAGCCUUGGAACGAUCACUGCCAGACAUUCGACAUCCUAACUGUAAGGACAAGGUAUACUUGGAAAAACUCCCAAACACUAGUAUAAUAAUCCCAUUUCAUAAUGAAGGUUGGACUUCACUUUUGAGGACUAUACACAGCAUUAUCAACAGGACACCAAAUAGCCUGAUAGCAGAAAUUAUUCUUGUGGAUGACUUCAGUGAUAGAGAACAUUUAAAAGAAAAACUGGAGGAAUAUAUGGUUCAUAUUGACAAAGUGAGAAUUGUGCGCACCAAGAAGCGGGAAGGACUUAUUCGCACCAGAUUACUUGGAGCUUCAAUAGCUACAGGAGAAGUAUUGACUUUUCUAGAUUCGCACUGUGAAGUUAAUCUGAACUGGCUACCUCCUUUAUUAAACCAGAUUGCAGUGAACCAUAAAACUAUUGUAUGUCCGAUGAUCGAUGUCAUUGACCACAAUCACUUUGGGUAUGAGGCACAAGCAGGGGAUGCCAUGCGUGGAGCCUUUGAUUGGGAAAUGUAUUACAAAAGAAUACCAAUUCCACCGGAGCUCCAAAGGACUGAUCCCAGUGACCCUUUUGAAUCUCCUGUUAUGGCUGGAGGCCUCUUUGCUGUUAACAGAAAGUGGUUUUGGGAUCUUGGUGGCUAUGAUCCUGGAUUAGAAAUCUGGGGAGGAGAACAGUAUGAAAUAUCAUUCAAGGUCUGGAUGUGUGGAGGUGGCAUGUUUGAUGUUCCAUGUUCUAGAGUUGGGCACAUCUAUAGGAAAUAUGUUCCCUAUAAAGUCCCAUCUGGUACCAGUUUAGCAAGGAACCUGAAACGUGUGGCAGAAACUUGGAUGGAUGAGUUUGCUGAAUAUGUUUAUCAGAGACGACCUGAAUACAGGCAUCUUUCCACUGGUGAUAUUUCAGCCCAGAAGGAGCUUCGAAAGCAUCUCAAGUGCAAGGAUUUCAAGUGGUUCAUGGCUGCAGUGGCUUGGGAUGUCCCCAAAUAUUUUCCACCAGUAGAGCCACCACCUGCUUCCUGGGGAGAGAUUCGAAAUGUGGCAGCUAAUCUCUGUAUGGACAGUAAGCAUGGUGGAACAGGCACUGAACUCAGACUAGAUAUAUGUGUGAAGGAUGGCUCUGAACGGACAUGGUCACAUGAGCAGCUGUUCACCUUUGGUUGGAGAGAAGACAUCCGUCCAGGAGAACCUCUUCACACUAGAAAAUUCUGCUUCGAUGCAAUUUCACACAGUAGUCCUGUCACACUUUAUGACUGUCAUGGUAUGAAAGGCAACCAGCAUUGGAGCUAUAGGAAGGACAAAACUUUAUUCCAUACUGUGAGCGGCAGCUGCAUUGAUUGCAAUCCAGCAGAAAAGAAGAUUUUCAUGAAUAGAUGUGAUCCUUUAUCUGAAACUCAACAGUGGAUUUUUGAGCAUAUUAAUAUGACUGUUAUAGAAAAAAAUAUCAGCAAAGAAACCAGCUCUUAACAAGAAAAAAAACUGUUCUGUAUAGAUUGAAAACCAUAUUUUGGCCAGCAUCUGGAUUAGAGGAAUCAGAAAUUACAUUUUCCUAGAGCCAGGAAAUCUGUUGUGAAGAUUAAGCAAAUGCCAGGGCAGAAGCCAGCCAUAUAUCACUGCAGAUGGACAAUAACUGAAGAACUUGGCUAAGAACAUUACCAGCUGCUACUGAGGCUUAAAGUCUGCUGACAAUUCCCUUGCUGGUCAAGGGAGAACUUUAUUUAAAAUAAUGAAAUGAUUCAAAUGCUCAGUGUGAAUAAAGUUAAACAAGAGUUUUAGAGUUUCUCAGGUCAAACCCUGCUAAUAGUGAGUAGGUACAAUUAGUUGUUGUCGUAUAUGGGUAACUAAUGGAGUGCAUGACUGCUAUGUGGGAGGUUCGAAUGGGCAUUGAACUAGCAACAA